AUGACUGAGGGGCGAUUUGGUGCGGUGACUGCCGUCCCACGUACUGUGCGCCUGGCACCUCCUAUGAAUAACAAUUCUGUCCCUUACACGGCUAUGCAAAAAACAGCACUCGGAGUUUCCGCAAAACAAAAUGACGGUAACGGGGCGGUUGUACAAGAAUUGGAUUCGCCCAUCGAAAGAUGGCGCAGAACUCGUGCCGCUUCAGCGGAUGCCAGGAGUUCGGCUACCACCUACUCCACUGUGCCAGCAAGUCGAGUGACAUCAACAACUUCUCCUGGAGACGCGCCACUGCCUUUAUCCGCGCUGAAUGCGCCCAAUCGCCAGAGUUACACCCCAACCGCAGGGUCACAGGUGAGGGGUAUUACUACUAUAAUACCUGUCUCCCGGCCUUCUGAGAAGCCAAGAGUCGGGGAUGGAGCAGCGGCGAUGAAUACGGAAUCACCCAUCGCCAAAUGGCGCAGAUCGCGGGCUUCGUCGGCGGAUCCGCGGCGAGUGGAAAUCGCCUCAUCGGGCGGAAGAAGAGAUACGAAAGUGACCCUUCGACAGAAUCCCACUACGGUUUCGCCCUCAGAAGCGAGGGCUUCUACCGAGGUCAAGGCUCGCAGUGGUGUGAUGGAUCCAACUCUCUCCCGUGGCGCUGCGUUCGUGCCGACGACAACGACUGCGCCAUGCGAUAGGAAUAAAUACCGCUCCACGACACCGCUCGGUCAAGAUGGAGGUUGGAAAAAGACAAAUUGGGAGGAUUCCACAGAAACAAAAGUAGAUGCCCCUCCUCCAUUACGGCCGGCACCAACGUCGGUGGGGUCAUACGAGAAGGUUUCUCGUUCACCUCCACGUUCAAGAAGAUUCAGUGGAAGCGGCGUCGACCGUCGCUUGGGUUCGCCUCUUCUUGUUGCCCCCGUGUCGCGUGACGUGCAGGGUGCGAAUUCGGAUGCUGAGUGCCGUGUAUUGGUUCCUUCAGCCGAGGGGACAGCUUCAGUUGGCCGUGGAAGGCCGCCUUCGAGAAAAGGCGAGCGAACCAACUGGCGACAAGAUCCUACAUGGAAAGAACCUCAAUUCACCCUGAGUCCUCGGUAUUCAGAAUCACAUGGAAAUUCUCGGACAGCAUCUAGAAGUGCAACACCGAGAGCGUAUUCUCGAUCUUUUUCCAAUUCUCAACCUUUAAAUUCAGAAGGCGAGGAACUUGCGGGCUUUCUUAGUGCGUAUAGCAACCCUCCGAAGGUCCCUGCAGAGAUUGCUGCAUUCUAUGAUCAGGACCCACAGCAAUUGCCAAAGGGGCCUCUUAUUCCUUCUCACACCUACAAUCUGGCACGUCGCUCCUCACGGUCCAGUUCACCGAAGACAACGAAGUACCGUCUUCUGGACGAGAACGAGGACGAUGAAGCCGAUGAUACGUUGAAGGAACAACUUUCUAGCCUUUUAACCAGUCUGGAAGUGUAUCAAAGGCGGUUGGAGCGGGCAGCGGCCCUCGUUAAUUUGGAACGGUACCAUCGCAAAAGGAACUGA